AUGAUGAUGUGGAGGGAUUCUUUUUGGCUAUUUCUACUGCCAUUUUGCCUCAGAGCUGGAGUUGCAUCUUGCGAUGAGCUCUACCCAAGUGGGCUCUACUGGAAUAUCUCCGUGCAGAGUGCCGACGGCACAUUUCUUGUCCAGCCGACGGCUCAUUUCUUGUUCGUUCCAAAUGGUCAUAUUUGUGGUGUUUUGGGUCCAUCUGGUGCUGGGAAAAGUACAACCUUGAAUGCAUUGGGAGGAUCCAUUCCACCACAGAGCAGCUUGUCAGUGAAUGGAAACAUCACAUACUAUGAUGCAACCUCAGAAACUAAAACUACUGGAACAAUCAAUUCAGGGAGUGUAGCUUGGCUUCAACAGCAUGAUUCAUUCUUUUCGAUGUUGACAGUGAAGGAAACUCUAGAUAUGGCUGCUUUCUUGGAACUGCCUCAUUUGAUAGAAUCGCAACGAAAUGCCCGAGUUCAGAGUAUUAUGGAGUCACUGGGGUUGACGAAACUGCAAGAUCGCCCCAUUGGCGAUCCAACAACGAGACACAAAGGCGGGCUCUCUGGGGGCGAGCAAAGAAGGGUAUCGCUCGCAAGGGAGCUAAUUUCAAAUCCCAAACUCUUCAUUGGAGAUGAACCUACUUCAGGACUGGAUUCGACCAUGAGCGAGAAAGUCAUCCGGCUGGUCCAGAAGAUGGUCCAAGAAAGAGACAUUCCGUGCCUCCUUUCGAUCCACCAGCCGCGCUCUUCGAUCUUUCGAAUGUUGGACGAAGUUCUCUUGCUUGCUCCAGGUGGACGCGUUUGUUAUCAUGGGAAAUCAGAAAAAGCGAUUGGUUACUUCCGAAACUUGGGAUAUGAGUGUCCUGAAGAGACUAAUCCCGCCGAGUUUCUUGUAGACUUGGUGUCAAUAGAUGUGGAAGACCAAAGUACCUCGAUACAGGAUGAAAUCAGGAUAAUCAAGCUGUUUGAAGCAUUCCAAGAAUAUCAACAAAAACGCCGCCACAAAUUGUCGAGCAUGCCGCCCAUUACAGCUGUUGCUGUUGAAGAUUGUUCUACUACAUCGUCAAGAGGCAGUCGACGAAGAUUUCAUAUCAUCCGUAGAUUUGGAAGACUCUUACUUCGGUCAUGGAGGCAAAACGCUCGUAAUAGAAAAGUCAACAUCCUCCGACUGCUUGCGUCAGCUGGGAAUGCAAUGCUUUUCACUACGAUUUUCAAAUCUAUCAAGAAAGGUGUCUUUACGGCGAAAUCAGUCGCCGAGAGAGUGUCCAUGCUAACUUUUGGGAUUGUAAAUAUGAGUAUGAUUGCUCUUCUAAAGACGGUUGACUUGUUCUCAAAGGAGAAACCGGUGGUCCAACGCGAGCAAUUGCGACUACAGUAUUCAAGUCUGGAGUACUUGUUUUCAAAAUCCAUAGCUGAAAUCCCUUUGGAUGCGGCCUUUGCGGCCGUAUUUACCACAGUCCUAAAGAUGACAAGCGGGAUUCGGACGGGCUGGAGGGCGCUGACCGGUACAUUUGCUCUGAUGACAGUGGCAGGUGCAUCAUUGGGAUUCGCGAUCGGCGCCGCAAGUCCGUCCGCAGACGUGGCACUGAGUUCUUCGGCCAUGAUCAUGGUUGUGAUGAUGGCGGUUGGGAUCAUCAACCCGAGUGGGGUAGACCUAUCAGAUCCGCCUCCAUUGUUGGUGCGUGCUCUAAAGCAAAUUAGUCCCAUCAACUAUGCCGUAAAAGCUUUGUGCCUAUCUGAAUACAAGGACGCAGAGUUUGGAAUCGAUACGGGGGGAAAGCCAGUCAAUAUUUUCUCACGAGCACGAAUAAUGAUGCGAGACUUGCCCAAGAUGGGAGGUCUUGCACUUGUCAAAAAUGGAAACCAAGUGCUACAAGAACUUGGCCUCGCCGAUGAAACAUAUGCAGGCGUAAUGAAGCAACUAGGGGUGCUCUCACUCGUCAAUCUGGCUAUCAGCCUGAUUGGAUUACAAACGAAAAACUCGGGCCUUUCCCAAAAGUGCUAA